ACAUACGAACCUUGCUCGGUGUAUGACCCUCCUUUCAGUAGAGGGAAAAACGAUGUUGUAAAUGUUGUCCAACAAUACUUUGUGAACUAUUAUUUCCUAUUAUUUUAAUAGCAUUAUUAGCUUUAAUCCGUUAUGGAACAAAUGCAUUUGUAAAAGAAAUGAAUGCUAAUCCUGAGUCAGUACUAAGAGAUUUGAAUCAUCGUACAUGUCCACAAAAUAUAAAUCCUACAACAACUUUAUCAAAUGAUUUAUUAAAGAAAUGUUUUAAAUUUCCACCAAGUUAUCCAGGACGUAGAUGGAUUUCAUUUGAAUCGGAAACAAUUUUCGAUAAAAUAAAUCUUGUUUUUCAUCCUAUGGCAAAUGAAACUAAAGAACUUGUUAAACGUGCUAAAAAACGUCUCGAACAAAUGAAUUGUAAUAACAUGAAAGUUUGGAGUCAAAAUAUAAAUGAUGGAAAUGACAGUUAUUUAUUACAAAAUCAAAAAGGAGAUACAAUUAUUAUUGAUUUUGGUUCAAUAACUGAUCUUAAAAAUAAACGAAAUAUUGAUUACAAUAUAAUGGUUCGAAAGCUGUAUACUAUUCCAAAAAAUGAUCCAAUUGAUAUGUCGUUUAUAUCAUUUUUACAUCCGACACUCAUUGCUGAUCGAUCGGAUAUAAUGGAUGAUAAUAAUAAAGAUCAAGGUUCGAAAUUACCUGCAUUUACAGAUGUAAAAAUAUUUAUUGAUUCAUUACUUAUUGGAUAUCAAACGAAUACAAAUAUUGAAUAUGAACUUGAAAGAACUCCUAUGAUUUGUACAUCAUUUCAAAGUGGAUUAUCAAGUUUAACAAAAAUUUUCAUUGAUUUGAUCUUUCUUAUUCCAUAUUGUAUUCUUCUAACCAGUUUAAUUCAAGAGAAGAAUGCUAAAGUUAAAGAAAUCCUUAAAGUACUUGGAAUUGAACCAAUUCUAAAUAAUUUUGCUCACGCAAUUCGUACAUUAAUUAUUCUUUGUCUUUUAAUCCUGCUCUUAUGCAUUGUAUUGAAACAAAAUCCAAAUGGAUAUUUUCUCACAGUUAAUUUUCAUAUUCUCUUUCUUGGUUAUUUAAUUUUCAGUUUACAAUUAAUUUCAUUCUGUAUAAUGAUUGCACAAUUAUUUGAUAAAAAUGUUCGUGCACAAUUAACUAUUUUUGUCAUUUAUCUUUUAUCAUUAAAAAUUUAUUCAUAUACAAUUUUUUGGCCGACAACAAUACAAUAUCUACUGAUAUUUUUCUGUCCUCAUAUUGCUGGAUAUUCACUUUUUCAGCAAGCAGUUUUACAUGAUUUAGCGGAAAAAGAUAUAUCAUUAUUUCAAUCGAUUUAUCGUUAUGUACCAAUUUAUUUUUCAACAUUGAUUAUUAUGAUUUGUAGUUGUAGUUUUUACUGGUUAUUAUCUUGGUAUUUAGAAAAAGUAUUUCCAAGUGAAUAUGGUAUUUCACUUGAUUGGAAUUUUCUCUUUAAACGAGAUUAUUGGCGUUCAGAAAAACUUGAUCAUCAUACUCAAUCAUUACCUAAUCGUGAUGCAUUACUUUCAAGAAGAAAUUCAACUGGUACAGCUAUUGUUCAUGUUAAUAACCUUGUAAAAAAAUUUGGUCCGGAUAAAAUAGCUGUUAAUAAUGUUUCAUUUGAUUUAUAUGAAAAUCAAAUAACAUCAUUAGUUGGACCAAAUGGUUCGGGAAAAACAACAAUAUUUAAUUGUUUAAUUGGUAUAUAUAAACAAACAUCAGGAACAAUAAAAAUACAGAAUGAUGAUGGAAAAAAUUUUGAUACACGAAUAAAUAUGGAAAUGUUAAGAAAAUCAAUGGGUUAUUGUCCACAACAUGAUAUACUUUUUGAUUUAUUAACUAUAAAAGAACAAAUAGAAUUUUAUGCAAUAGCACGAGGAUUUGAAAAACAUAAAGAAAAAAUAGCAAAUGAAAUGCUUCAUUUAAUGGAUCUUGAAAAUUUUAAAGAUCUUUAUUGUAAUACAUUAUCUGGUGGAAUGAAAAGACGUUUAUCAUUAGCUUGUGCCUUUAUUGGAGACACAAAAAUAAUUCUUCUUGAUGAACCAUCAAGUGGACUUGAUCCAUCAAAUCGUCGUUCAUUAUGGGAUUGGUUACGUUCAAUGAAACAAGGUAAAACACUUUUAUUAACAACACAUUUUAUGGAAGAAAGUGAUGCUUUAUCCGAUCGAAUUAUAAUUAUUGCUAAUGGAAAUAUUAAAGCCGAUGGAGCAUCAGCUGAAUUAAAAGAAAAAUAUGGAUUAGGUUAUAAAUUAAUUAUUCAUAAACAGAAUAAUUCUCAUACAAAUGAUAUUAAAAAUGCGUUAUGUCAUUAUUUACCAGAAUUAAAAAUCGAAAUAGAUAUAUAUGGUGGUGAUGUUGUUUUUCGUACAAAUCAACAACCAAAUAAACAAUUUAUACAAGCAUUACAUCAUCUUGAAACAAUGAAACGAGAAAAUCGAAUUAAAGAUUAUGGAGUACAAAAUAGUACAAUGGAUGAUGUUUUUUUAAAACUCACAAAAGAUACAAAUAUUGAGAAUGAAUCAGAAUCAAUAUCAGUGGAUACUGAUACAUUAGAGCAACAAUGUCAUUGUGUAUUUAAUGAUCAACAUAUUUCUACCGGUAUUCGGUAUCAUUUAAGUCAAUAUCAUGGUUUAAUAAUCAAAACAUUACUUGUACGUUAUCGUCGUUGGGCAUUAACACUAAUUGUUUUAUUAUUACCAGUUUUAUAUAAUCUUUUAUCAAAUAUAGCAUCACGUAGUCACAAUGAAAGUGGAAUAUUUAAAAUGAAUUUAAAUUCACUUAAUCCACAAACCAUUUUAUAUCAUACCGAUCCAAUGAUAGAAAAAUAUUUUCUUGCAUCUAUUGAUGGUGCAAUACUUGAACAAAAAUCAGGAAAUAUAUCCCAAAUGAAUCGAGAGAUUUUGCAAAAACGAAUGGAUCGUCCAUAUACAUAUACAGAUAUUUAUCUUGCUUUCAAUAUUCCAAAACCAACUAGAAAUAAAUAUAAAAUUCAAACAUUAUCAUCAAAUUUAAUAUCCGGUUAUGAAGUUACUUCAUUAGCAUCAAAUACAUUUUAUAAAUAUGCAUUAAAUGAUACAGAUGCAUCAAUUCAAACGACAUUGAUCUAUAAAAAAAUAGGAAAUUUUACAACGCAACCAUCCAUUGAGGAUAUAUUGAAUUAUUUAAGUAUAAUAUCAUGUAUUCUUAAAGUUUUACCAAUAACAUUAUUAUUUGAUAUAUUUAUAUUUUACAUUCUAUUCUUCUAUGUAACUGUAUUUUUAAUCAGCGAACGAAAAGAUAGCUUUCUAUCAUUGCUUAAUAUCAGUGGUUUACAUCCAGCAUCGUAUUGGAUAUUUACUUAUCUUUUUGAUACAAUUAUUUCUAUUAUAUGGUUUUGUUAUUUACUUGCUGUUUAUUGUAUAUUUCAUGUUGGUUUUAAUGAUAUACCCAACAAGAAGUCUCAAACAGAAAAUACAGUUCUAUUUGAAUUUCUUAGUCCAUGGGAUUUACGAGUACAAUUUUAUCCAUUAACAAUAUUAAUUAUAUUACCAACAUUACCAUUUACUUAUUUAUUAACCAAACUUUUUAAAAAUGAUAUCAAUGGUGGAAUGUCAAUAUGUUUUAUAUUAACAAUUCUUCAUGUAAUAAGUAUUAUUGUCUCAGUAAUAACAAUGAUUGCUGCAAAUGCAUCUGUUCGAAUGCUUUUAUAUUGGUUAUUUAAUAUAAUAUCCCCAAGUAUCAAUGCUCAAGUUAUAGUUACAUAUAUUUUAGCACAAAAAAGUAUAUCUUGUAAGUCAGCUAUUACUAAUUUGAAAAUGCCACAUUUUGAAUCAAUUGGGGAUGAUACAAUUGGAUGGAAUUGUUUUAUUCUUGUUUUACAUAUAUCAUUAUUAUUAUCAUUAAUUAUCAUUAUUGAUACUGGUUUAUUAAAAUUCUCAUUUUCAUUUUUAUAUAAAUCAAAUUUUGAUAAAAAUACACUUGAUGAUUAUGUUUUAGCUGAACGUUCUCGAAUAUUAGAUUUACAAACAAAUAUAUUUGAUGAUGAUGAUGAACAUAUUGAUUAUUUAACAGUUAAUGAUCUUGUAAAAUAUUAUCCAAGACGUAAAAUUUUAGCUGUGAAUCAUUUAACCUUUGGUGCAAAACGUGGUGAAGCAUUUGGUUUACUUGGUUAUAAUGGCGCUGGAAAAACUACAACAUUUCGUGUUAUAGUUGGUGAUUUACUAUCCACGCAAGGCACAGCUUAUAUAGAUGGACACAAUGUUCAUCGUCGUAUAAGAUCAACACGUCAUUUAGGUUAUUGUCCACAAGAAAAUUGUAGUAUGGAUUUUUUAACUGUUCAAGAUAGUCUUUAUUUAUUAGCACGUAUACGUGGUGUAAAAAUUUCACAUAUAAAAACGAUUGCUGAAACGAUGAGUUCAUUAUUUUUACUUGAUCAAUUUUUAAAUAAUUAUAUUCAUCAAUUAAGUGGCGGAACAAAACGUCGAUUACAUGCUGCAAUGGCAUUGAUUGGACCACCAUUAGUUGCUAUUCUUGAUGAACCAACAACGGGUGUUGAUCCAAAUGUUCGACAACAAAUGCAAGAAAUAUUUUUAAAUGCUGUUAAAGCUAAAUUAACAAUUAUUUUAACUAGUCAUUCCAUGGAUGAAUGUGAACGUGUUUGUAAUCGUCUUGGUAUCAUGGUUGAAGGACAAUUAGCUUGUUUAGGUACAAUUCAACAUUUAAAAUCUAAAUUUGGUCAAGGCUAUACAAUUGAAAUAAAAGUUCGCUCAAUAUCUGAUGACACAAAUAUUGCACCAAUUCAUAAUGUUCAAUCAUUUUUAUUAUCACAAAAACAAUAUCAUGUUGAAAUAAAAGAAACAACAAAUUCAACUGGUUUAUUUCAUAUAUCACAAACUACACCUGCUGAAUUAUUUCAAUUGAUUGAAGAAAAUAAACAACAAUUAAAUAUUGAAACAUAUACGAUUUCACAAACAACACUAGAGCAAAUAUUUUUAUCAUUUGGAAAAGAAAUUCAUACUACUUAA